CUAACUGACAUUCACUUGAUUACAGACGCUGAAACACAGAGUCAUGGCUGACAACCACCCAGGCUGGCUUUCAGUGAAGAAGAGGGAGAAGAAAGGAGAGAGCAAACCACUGGAGAAGGAGGAGGAGAAAGUGUUGAAGACAGGAUACCAAGUUGUGAAGACGGGAUACCAACACCAACCAGGGGAGGUGAGGAAGAAGGAGGGAGGCGGAGAGAAGACAGGUGGAACGGAGGAGAUAACAGAGGUAGCAGAAGGAGGAGUGGAAAAUGGAGAGUUUGAAACCAUCGAGCUGCCACCAUGGGAGAUCGUCACUGGGGAGCAGAUGAGUCUGUUCUACUUUAAGUUCCAAUUCCGGAACGUUGAGUAUUCAUCUGGUCGUAAUAAGACGUUGCUAUGUUACCGCGUGGAGACUCCGGAGGGCACCACUGAUCCACUACAGGGAUACAUGGAGGACGAACACGCCACCGCACACGUAGAGGAGGCCUUCUUCACACGGGUCCUCCCCCACUAUGACUCCUCCCAGGAAUACGAGGUCCGGUGGUACGUAUCUUCCAGUCCCUGUGCAGCCUGCUUCACCAAGAUGGCCGAUGUCCUCAGACUGAGAAAGAAUCUCCGCCUCUACCUCCUCAUGUCCCGCCUCUUCCUGUGGGAGGAGCCUGAGAUAAAGGUGGGCCUGCGGUGCCUGGCGUCACUGGGUGUGAGGAUAAGGAUGAUGAAGCCGUCUGACUUCUUGUCUGUCUGGGAAACAUUUGUAGAGAAGGAGGAGGACAUGACCUUUAACCCCUGGGAGGACUGUCAGGACAACUACCAAUACUACCAGUACAGACUCAACACCAUCCUCAAGUAAAGGUGCAGUCAAAACCAUUUCACACCCCCACACCCUGACUACAACUACAUCUACACGUCCUCCAAACCCCAUCUACACGUCCUGCAACCCCAUCUACACGUCCUCCAACCCCAUCUACACCUCCUCCAACCCCAUCUACACCUCCUCCAACCCCAUCUACACCUCCUCCAACCCCAUCUACACCUCCUCCAACCCCAUCUACACAUCCUCCAACCCCAUCUACUCGUCCUUCAACCACAUUUACAUGGUCUAAAACCCUGUCUGCACGCUCUACAACCACUUUUACAUGUCAGCAUUGACUCCUUGUCUGAAUAAAGACACCUUGGUCUCAACGUUGACUCCCUGUCUAAAUAAAGACACCUUGGUCUCAACGUUGACUCCCUGUCUAAAUAAAGACACCUUGGUCUCAGCAUUGACUCCCUGUCUAAAUAAAGACACCUUGGUCUCAGCAUUGACUCCCUGUCUAAAUAAAUAGACCUUGGUCUCAGCAUUGACUCCCUGCCUGAAUAAAUAGACCUUGGUCUCAGCAUUGACUCUCUGUCUAAAUAACGACACCUUGGUCUCAGCAUUGACUCCCUGUCUAAAUAAAGACACCUUGGUCUCAGCAUUGACUCCCUGUCUAAAUAAAGACACCUUGGUCUCAGCAUUGACUCCCUGUCUAAAUAACGACACCUUGGUCUCAGCAUUGACUCCCUGUCUAAAUAAAGACACCUUGGUCUCAGCAUUGACUCCCUGUCUAAAUAAAGACACCUUGGUCUCAGCAUUGACUCCCUGUCUAAAUAAAGACACCUUGGUCUCAGCAUUGACUCCCUGCCUGAAUAAAUAGACCUUGGUCUCAGCAUUGACUCUCUGUCUAAAUAACGACACCUUGGUCUCAGCAUUGACUCCCUGUCUAAAUAAAGACACCUUGGUCUCAGCAUUGACUCCCUGUCUAAAUAAAGACACCUUGGUCUCAGCAUUGACUCCAUGUCUGAAUAAAAAAAUCAACACAGAGUAGAUUACAACUAGUUUAUAAGUCAAAUAAACACUUCAUCAAUUAACUGUAAAACAUUAAACUAUAUUAACUAACCACAUAGAUAUAAAGGACUUCAGUACUAUUAAAAGUGGUUAGAUACAUUCUCCAAAUUUGUAUUCAUCAGUACAAAAUAUUGUGUAUGUAUACCGGUAUGUGAUCAAAUACUUACUGUAUGUCAUGCAAUAAAAUGCUAAUGAAUUACU